GUUCUGAUCUAUUCUGUUAUUUUGUUGAUAAAUCGAAAAGCUUUUCUUAUUUAUUAGAAAUGUUUAAUUUCGGGUGGAGAUUUUAAUUUUUGUAACUAUUGUUGUAGUAUAUGUCAUUAAGGCGUUAGUAGGCAAAUAAUUGGAAUGAAUUGGGCUUUAAUUUGUUAAUAGAAGAUUGAUAGAGCCGAUUUGAUAUUGGGACUUAGUUAUUGGUUGUAUUGUCGUGUACCAUAUAAGGUUUGAUCAGAUUUGAGGUUUUCGUUCUGUUCUGGUUUUCACCUUAUAUAUUCUACGCAUAGUUUUCCUUUGAGAAAGAUGUUUGGUUGAUGCAAAUCAAUUAGAUCUGCCAUAUAAGGAUGAGGUUCUUCAUUAUUAGGAAUGCUUGGUAUAGCUUAAAAUAUCUCCAUUAGAAACUUUUUUUUCCUGUGGAAAAUGUUUUAUCUUGGGAUAUCAUUUAUAGUCUCAUGUUGGAUAUAACCUUGUGACAUAUGGCAAUGGUACAAGGUGGGAUGCAGGUUAUUAGGAUAGUGUUUUUGGUGACAUUUUUUAUCUAAAGGUUGCCGACAACUUAAGCUUCAGUAGAAACAAAGGAUACUAUGUAAGAAUCUAAGGAUAAAUAUAUUUGUAUACUAAAAUGAGGCGAUCAAAGUCAUUCCGCCCUUGCAGUGGAAAAAACAUCUUCUUCGGAAGAAUGAUAAUUGGUGGUUUUGAAUGCCAUAAACACUGUUUGAGGUGUAAAUGAACUUGAGUUGGUAUUCAUCUUGCAUCUGCCAUUCAUUCUUCUUGGCCGACCUUAAUACCUGAAUUUGUCAGGAUACUACGUAAUCAUAUAUUCAUUUAGGAAAAUGACGUGAUGGAAGUCAUUCGGCCCUUGUAGUAGAAAAAAUGUUUACUUGGGAAGAAUGUUUUCAACAAAUUGAGGUUUGGGUGUUUGCAACUUGAAGUUUCCAAUACAGAUAUAUCUGAGUGAGAUGCAGGACUCAACUACCAGGGCAUUUGAAAGCUCUUCAUCUUCCUCUGGGGAUGGGAACAAUGAUGCUGGUGAUUUUGAAUGCAACAUCUGUUUUGAAUUGGCCCAAGAUCCCAUUGUGACUCUCUGUGGUCACCUCUACUGUUGGCCAUGCCUUUUUAGAUGGUUACGUCUUCACUCACAGUGCCAUGAAUGCCCUGUUUGUAAAGCCCUUAUUCAAGAGGAGAAAUUAGUUCCUCUUUAUGGCAGAGGAAGGACUUCUACUAAUCCCAGAUCAAAACCAAUCCCCGGCCUUGAAAUUCCUAAUAGACCUGCAGGACAACGACCUGAAACUGCUCCUCAACCUGAACCAAAUAAUUUUCAUAAUCAUGGAGGACUUGGUCAUAUGGGAGGAUUGGGAGGAUUUUUUCCCACAGCAACUGCAAGAUUCGGUAACUUUACAAUGUCAGCUGGUUUUGGUGGAUUGCUUCCUUCAUUACUCAGCUUCCAGUUUCAUGGAUUUCCUGGUCCGACAGCGUAUCCUACCACAUCAAAUUACCCAUUUGGAUAUACUCCUGCAUAUCACGGGCCACAUGUUCGUAAUGCUCAAGACACAGCCCAAGUACAAGCAGAUAGCAAUCUCAAGUUUAUGUUCUUACUUGUUGGUUUUCUUGUGCUCAUUUAUUUGUUGGGCUAAAGAAUGGAUUCAGUCUUGGCCUGAUGCUAAUGUGGCUGUCAGAUUUUCUGCAUGUGUAUAUGUCAAUUCUGCACUCACUUUGAAGUUUCUUCUAACUUUGGUGAUCUGUAGAUGCUGGCACAUUGUUAAUUUAAUGUAACCAGUUUAUCUUUCUUUGAAAUAUGUACAUUUUGAAUACUUAAUUUGGUUCUAGCUUGUUUCUGCAUCCCCUUUGGGUGAGAAAACCAAAUAACACAUGCUCUUGAUGGCU